GAGAUGGAUAAGAUACUGGAAGCUGUGGUGAUGUCUUCAUACCCCAACAAUGUGAAGCAAGGGCUUGUGAGGCGCGUCAUUGAGGCAGCAAAGCAGCCCAUGGACAGUGAACAGUGCUGGUCCAUGCUGGAGCUGUCAACCAAGCUUUUUCUUACUGGGGACACCAAGUACAAAAGAGAGAUCGGGAAAGAGGUUUUGGAGGUCUAUGGCCACUACCAUCCAGAAGAGUUUGAGGAAUUCUUCAAUGUCCGCUUCCUAUUGAGUCUCCUUCAGGAAGGUUAUGGCCCCCUGGGAAAAAGAAGUCAUUAUGUGCUAGAUUAUAUCCAGUUAGGACUGCAGUUUGUCUUGGAAAGCCCAUCAGCAAACAGCAUUUUCAACUUACUGAAGAUCGAAGUGCUCCGGAAAGUCUGCGAGAGGCCCAGCCCCAAGCAGUGCGCUAAAAUCAGUAAACUCUUGACCCAGCAUCCUCAGUGCAUCCCCACGGGCAAACACCAGAUCUUGUUUUGUCAGCAGCUGAUACGGUGCAUCGGGCAGUUCCAGUGCGUCUCCGAAGGGGAAGAGGACAUAAUGGAGUUUUUGGAGCAGGUGAACAAAGUGAGCGGUCUGCUGCAGAGGAUCUGGAGGACUCAGACUUCAGCCAUCCUGCCCUCUUUGAAGGAGCUGUUCUCUAUCAUUUCAUCAACAGAGGAGCAGGAAGCGCCAUCAAAUGCCUUGGCCAGCGUGGUCCAGUUUGUCCCUCUGGAGCUUAUGGAUGGUGUCAUAAGAAACCUAACCAACGAUGACAGCAUCACUGAUGUGCAAAUGAUGACAGCAAUUAGUAGGAUGAUUGACUGGGUAUCCUGGCCCCUGGGAAAGAACAUAGACAAGUGGAUCAUUGCUCUGCUGAAGGGUUUGGCUGCUGUGAAAAAGUUCAGCAUCUUGAUCGAAGUGACUCUUUCAAAGAUUGAAAAGGUCUUCUCCAAGCUGCUGUACCCCAUUGUGCGUGAGGGGGCUUUGUCCGUCCUGCAGUACAUGCUGCUGAGUUUCCAGCACUCCCAUGAAGCAUUCCACUUGCUGCUCCCUCACAUUCCCAGGCUGGUGGCCUCUCUGAAGAAGGAGGACUCCAACUCUGCCACCAGCUCCCUGGAGCAGCUGGCUGAGCUCAUCCACUGUAUGUUCUUCCGCUUCUCAGGAUUUCCAGAUCUCUAUGAACCAGUCCUAGAAGCAGUUAAAGCUCUUCCGAUUCCAAAUGAAGACCGGAUUAAGCAUCUCUUGGGACAGAAUGCUUGGACCUCCCAGAAGAACGAACUGGCUUGCUUCUACCCACGCCUGGCUUCCAAAUCUGAGACAGGAAAGAUUGGGUUAAUUAACUUGGGAAACACCUGCUACAUGAACAGCAUCAUACAGUCCCUUUUCAUGGCUUCAGACUUCAGACAUUCGGUGUUGAAUUUAGCAGAGGGCAACUCCCAGCCCCUGAUGACAAAGCUCCAGUGGCUCUUUGCGUUUUUGGAGCACAGUCAGCGACCUGCCAUUUCACCUGAAAGUUUCCUCUCUGCCUCUUGGCCUCCUUGGUUUACUCCUGGCGCUCAGCAGGAUUGCUCCGAGUAUCUCAAAUACUUGCUGGACAGAUUACAUGAAGAAGAAAAAACUGGAAAAAGGAUCUACCAAAAACUCAAAGAAUCCAGCUUUAUGUCUCAGGCCAUGGAACAACAUUAUUUAAACAAGACAUUAAUUGAGAAGAUGUUUGGGGGCAAAAUGAUGACAAAAAUCCGCUGCCUGAAGUGUCUGAAUGUCUCCUCUCGAGAAGAAGCCUUCACAGACCUAUCCCUGGCUUUCCCUCCACCGGACAGACAUGUACUUAGCACAGGGAGCGCGCCUGUUUUACCAGUGGAAGAAAUUGGCCCACAGUUUAUUGAACCUCCUGGAACCCCAAGUCAGAUAACAGGAUCUCCCUGGAUCCGGAGGAAGCCUCAUGUGUCUGGAGACCGUGCAGCCAACAUUGUGCCGGUGGAAACACUGGGUUUCCAGGAGCCAGGAAACCAGGCAACUCCCUUAAACAGCAAUGCUGUUGGCAUGGAUUCAACCAAGGACCCUCUCUUGGCUUUUGGGGAGCAGACCUGCAGUCCCAAGGACUCCAGAUCUGUACCAGAUUUGAUCAAUUAUUUCCUGUCCCCAGAAAAACUGACAGCAGAGAAUAAAUACCAUUGUGAGAAAUGUGCUUCUUUGCAGGAUGCUGAGAAAGUGGCCGAGCUGACGGAGGGGCCACAUUACCUCAUCCUCACCCUGCUGCGAUUUUCCUUUGACCCAAGGACCAUGAGGAGGAAGAAGAUCUUGGAUAAUGUCUCCAUUCCUUUGGUGCUGAAGCUGCCUGUUCUUGUUGCCCCAGAAGACAGCGAGGAUGUUUGGCAACGCAGGAAGGACAGAGCUGCACCGAGCAGCAGUUUUGUGUCCAUCAUCUAUGACCUUUGCAGUGUGGUGGUGCACUCAGGGAUCUCAUCUGAGAGUGGCCACUACUAUUGUUACUCCAGAGAGUGCAGUGACACCGUCACCCAUGGGCAGCCUCGGGAUGGGACCCUGAAACCAACAUCUGACAAGCAGUUGGACUUUGAAAUCCAGUGGUACCUCUUCAACGACACCAGGGUUUCCUUCUCCUCCUUCGAAUCGGUCAGCAACGUGACCUCUUUCUUCCCCAAAGACACGGCCUACGUGCUCUUCUACAGGCAGCGGCCGGGCAGGCAGAGCUGCCCCAUGCACAAGGCUGGGGCUGAGAGCAGCCGCCCCCAUGGAGAACCUUCCCUCAAUAAGGACUUGAUGGAAGCCAUUUCCAAAGAUAACCUCCUCUACCUGCAGGAGCAGGAAAAAGAAGCAAGGAACAGAGCUGCGUACAUUUCUGCCUUGCCCAAAUCCCCUCUGUGGUGGAGAGACUUUGACAGGGACAAGGAUGACGACAGCUCAUCGGGGGGCUGCAGCCCCGCUGCUGGAGGAGGAGGAUCCGGCUCCUUUCAUGGACUCGUCUUCUAGGGAUCAGGUUAAAGCAAACGUUUAUCCCAGCCAGCUGGGCUGACCUGAAGCCAGAGGCUCCUAUUUCUGACACCAAUGACAGCAAACAUCACAGAGAAAGGAUUUGGCCUUGAAUCUUACAAAGAAAAGGACUCCAUGGCUGAUUCAGAGACUGGACGGAGCCAAAUUCUGACUUCUACUGCUUUCUAUGCACUUGAUCUUAACGCCUUAAAGUAAUACUAGUAGCUAAACAUCUACGGAUAUGAGCAGCUGAUGACAGCUCAGAGAAGUGCCCUUUUGCUUAAGCAUAGCCUUGUCUUGCUGCUGUGAACCAUGCCACCAGCCUGGCUGAGGACGGGGUAGAGCCCGUGGAGCUCCAGGUCUUGAGACCUUCCUUGCACGUCCCAUCCGCAGCCCGGGCUUUCCUACAGCACCAACUCGUUUUUGGGGUGCCUCUGCUUGGUUGUGUAUUUUUUUAAUGCUUUUUUUGAGAAGCGAGGUGGAGAUAAUGUAAAGUAGCUGUGUUUUCUUAAAAAAACCCCCAGCACUGCCAACCUCUGCCAAGAGGCUGAACCCCUAAAGCUGGAAGAGACUCAUUCUGGUCUCCUUGGGGUUUUUGUGCUUCAUCAAGCCCCCUUUGUAUUACUCAUUUCCUACAGUGACCUCGCUUGGCACUUGGGUGUUAUUAGUGUGCACGGUGGCCCAGACACACAGGCCUUUGUUCAGGAAUGUGCUUGGGACUCAACAACUUUCUGCUGCUCUCAGUUCCUGGGUUUCUGGGCCAGAUGUGCCGUUCAUAAAUUGGACUUUCUUUUGGAAUACUGUGGGUUGAGCACUGAUAAAUGGAGACCCCUUGCCAAAACCACUGGCUGUUUUCUAAAAUGUGUGUUUGCAAGGACAGUAAGCCAAACUGGUUAUAUUAUAUAAACAAAUAUAAUACAUAAUAUAUAAACCAAUGCAUUAUAUAAACCAAAAAGUUUGGUUUUGAAGGGCGUAGCCUGAUUUUGAUGGUGGGAGGCUGACCUUACCCCUGGGUUGCGUGUGUGUAUGAAUGUAGCUCUCUCCAAUCGUGUUGUCCACGUCUGCUCCUCACUCAUGCCUGUUGUAGACUUCUCUAGCUCAAGCACCAGAAACUUGUGCCUUAGGUCCUGUAUUCAGGGCCUAAUCCUGAUGGGAUGGGGGGAAUAUUGCACUGACAUGCAGUGAAAGGCAAAGCACAGAAAUUGCUACCGUUGAUGCAAAUGGAAGUUCUACUAGAGAUGACAUUUUCUGGCUUGCGAUCUGAUCUCUGGCAUAUGCUAUAAUAUUCUUUUAUUGUCUUUCCUACAUAUGAAUAAAGGACAUGAUGAAUCAAUUCAACAUGGAGUUUUACAGCA